ACACACACACACACACACACACUCUCUCUCUCUCUCUCUCUCUCUGUGCCCCUCUCUCACACACAAGCAAGCCAUCAUGUUGGAUGGAGCGGUGAUGGGGGUGUCCAUAGGCACGCUUGCGUUGGGCGGAUUUGUGUUUGCAGAUAAGAUGUUCAAACAAGGCACAGCGACGCAGUCACUUGAGAUGAAGGUGUGCUUCGCCACGACGUUCACACUCUCCGCGCUGCUGUUGGAGCUGAUCAUCUUUGAAAUCCUGGACGUGCUAGAGGAUGGCUUCCGGCACCGCGCUUGGCGGUGGACGUUGAUAUUGGCGCUCUUCAACCUCAUUGUCGCGAUUCCAGUGCAGACGUGCCACUCCCUUGCCGCAUCCCUAGCAGGCUCGUCGUUGCGAAGACUUGUCCUCACCGCCGCACUGUACAGCGCGUUUCUGGUCGGCUUUCUCUUCCUCGAGCGAGAUCGCUCCCUCUGGCGGCUGCUGUCUGUAUCUGGCGCCAUCAGCCGCAUCGGGGUGAUUGGCGUGGCCACGAUUGCUGUUCUGUCGGGCUCUGGUGCCGUCUUCACGCCCUUCAAGUUUGUCAGCUACUUCCGCCAGGACGUACCCCAGUACCAAGUGGACGAGCUCCGCCAGCAGCUUGAGCAGUCGAGGGCGCUGCUUGACCAGAAGCGCCAGCAGCGGGACCGGCACCAGCGGCAUCGCGGAUACACGCGCGCACAAACGGCACGCGUCCGCUCUCUCUUCUGUGUCAUGUCACCCCUUCACACGAUCACCAACACCAUCACCAUCACCAUCACCACCACCACCGCCACCAUCACCACCACCAUGGCCUGUGUGGGUGGCUUCGUCAGGCAAAUGGCAGCGAAUCUGCAGGAGUUGGAGCAGGCGCGCAGCAAUUUCAGAGAGGCAGGCACCAUCAAGGGACGCGUCAAGCACGUGAUUGGGAUAUGUCUGUCCUUGUACUGUGUAUUCAAGGUCACAACGGCCACAAUCAGCGUCAUCCUUGGCCUGACGAAGAAGACAGACCCUGUGACGCGGUUGAUGAAGAUUGGCGUGUCGCUGCUCGGGUUUGACAUUGACGUGGAGCGUUGGUCGCAGCAGUUCUCCUUCAUCCUCGUGGGCAUGAUUGUGCUUGCAUCGACACGGAACAUGCUGCUGAAGAUGGUGAAGGCGUUUUCUGUUGUCGCGGGUGCGGGGCGCAUCAAGGACGCCGUGCUCUUUGUCCUCGUCCACAUCAUGGGAAUGUACUUUGUGUCAAUGGUGAUCCUGAUGCGCAUGAACGUGCCCAUCAAGUACAGGGGCAUCAUCACGGAGGUGCUGGAUGGAGUGGAGUUUAACUUCUACCACAACUGGUUUGACAAGAUAUUCUUGUUGAGUGCGGUGUCGUGUGCCGGCGUUAUUUAUUUCGCGCACAGCACAUCUGCGAGCAGAUUCAAGUUCUAGGAACACAGACACGAGUGCAGGGAUUUGGACGCACAGCCUUGCACACACAGACGCACACACACAGACGCACACACACACACACACACAC